CCCCGCAGAUGGCCGGAGAACUGGCGGACAAGAAGGAUCGGGAUGCAUCCCCGGUGAAGGAGGAGAGGAAACGUUCCCGCUCCCCUGAGCGGGAGAGGGAGCGGGACCGGGACCGCAAGGGCUCCCCGGCCAAGGAGCGGAAGCGACACCGAUCCCGGGAGCGGAGACGGAGCCGCUCGCGCUCCCGGUCCCGCUCCAAGUCCACAGAGAGGGAUCGGCGGCACAAGGAGCGGGACCGUGACCGCAGCAAGAAGGAGCGGGACAGGGACAAGGAUGGGCACCGGCGGGACAAGGACCGCAAGCGAUCCAGUUUGUCCCCGGGCAGGGGGAAGGACUCCAAGUCUCGGAAGGACCGGGAUGCACGGAAGGCAGAGGAGGAGGAGGAGAAUGCCCUGAAGAAGGAGAAGGCACAGCCGCUGUCCUUGGAGGAGCUGCUGGCAAAGAAGAAGGCAGAAGAGGAGGCAGAGGCCAAGCCCAAGUUCCUGUCCAAGGCGGAGCGGGAGGCUGAGGCCCUGCGGCGGCGGCAGCAGGAGGUGGAGGAGCGGCAGCGGCUGCUGGAGGAGGAGAGGAAGAAGAGGAAACAAUUCCAGGAGAUGGGCAGGAAAAUGCUGG